AACGGUGCUUAGUAUCUGCCGGAAAUCCAUGAUCGAUUUUCGUAGACGUCUCCGUAGCCGCCUCCGUCGCGACGCAACCCGUUUUCGUAUGACGUCUGUGUCGCGCUAUUUGUGUUCGUUUUAUUGUACAACGGGAAACGUCAAGAUGUAUGCACUUGCGGAGUUUGAAUUACCCGAGAUCGUUGAAUCUCUCAUGCGGAUCGGCAAAACCACCGAUUAAUAGUUUAGAUUUUCUUUCUUAUCAGCGUUCGUAGAGGUUUGUUGCGUGGAGUCUAAUCCGACCUCGAUCCCGACGGAUCUCCUAACUCGAGUUCUUUGUAAAUUAGUAUGCUUUGAUUUUUUCGCAAGGGUCGUAAAGUUUUUCUCUCGGGUGUUUAGUUUUCGACUGACUAAUAAUACGAGGUGAAUGACCGUGGAGAUGAAACGCGAGCUUUCCUUAACGAUUAAUGAUUUGGACGUCGUCGAUGAUAGUAGUCGGAAAAGGCAGAGUGUUCUUUACCAUUGGCGAAAUCGUAGGACUCUCGAGAUUAAGAAUCGAACGUGGUUAUCGAAGAAUUUUUAAAGAGAUCGCUUUUCGAAAGUGUGUGCGUGCGUGCAAUAAAAGAGAGAAGUGAGAAUGAUAGACACUGUUACAGAAUUGUACUAUCUUUUACGCGUGUCCAGAAUAAGAAGCGAUGGCCUCGUCUUCAGACUACACGCGCUAACGACGAUCUUGAUGCUGCUAUUUUCCGUAAUUAUCAGUAGCAAGCAAACCGUGGGAAACCCGAUAGAGUGCGUACAUACGAGAGACAUUCCUGUUGAGGCCUUCAACGCGUACUGUUGGAUACACAGUACGUAUAUCGUUAGUGGUGCUAUGCUCGGUGUCGCAGGGGCAAACGUUGCGUAUCCUGGUGUCGCCUCGUCUUUCGGCAUUUUACAGACACGUUAUCAGGACGAGGAUUAUCGCCAUGUCAACGAUCAAACGAAAAGAGUCAAGUAUUAUCAGUGGGUUGCCUUCGUACUUAUCUUUCAGCGUGUAGGUGGUACGCUCUAGCGGUCAUUUUUGAUACUAAAGGAAUGUCGGCAAAGCAACAAGCUGCGUCGAUUUUUCAAGCAACUUAGAAACCGUUCUUUUUCAAUUUUCCAACGGAACUUAGUGUCGAAGAA